GCGAUCUUCGAGUGGCAUGGCGUCGCUCUCGCUCGACGACCUCUCCGCGCUUCAGAGAGAGAACCUGGCGUAUGAGCGUGCGCUACACGAAGCCGUCUCGAGCCUCAAGGAGCGUCGACCGACGCUCAUGAGAAGUGAGAUGGACGGCGUUAGCCGCUCCCGCGCUCGGACCUCGCGCCACAAUGAAGAGGACGACGACGACCUUGUGCAGCAGCUUACUGCCGAGAUUCGUCGCCUGCGCCACGAGCUCACGCAGCGAGGCCGGGUGACGUCGCUCGAGGCGCGCACGAUGGGCGAGCUCGCGGCCAACCUCGAGUCCACAACAGCUGAAAUCGAGCGCAAAACGCGCGCGUUGACGACCGCCAUGGACACGAUCGAGGAUUUAGAAAGCCGUUUGGCCGAGCACACGCGCGUCGUCCUUGCCAAGGAGACUGAGAUCGGCCGGCUUCACCUCGAGGUGACGAAACUCCGCGAAGAAAACGACACGCUCGCAAAGGCCAACGCAGUGCUCUCGGCGCGCAAGGAGCAAGACGCCAAACUCACAAAGCGCUUGGAGCGUCACGUGCGCGACGUAUCGUCCAAGCUCCAAGUCGCGCUGGCGCAGAUCACAGUCCACGAGCAAGCACGCGACACUUUCGCUGAUAUGGAAGCAGCGUCGCGGCACGAGAAGGCGGUCGCGUACGACCAGCUGCAAGAAACCAAAACGAUGCUGGCGCGCCUUCAGAAAGACAUGGGCGAUCGUCUCGGGCGGCGCGACGCGCGGAUAUCGCAGCUCAAAAUGACUCUCUUUGAUGCGACCCAAGACGCCGAGACGCUACGGGACCGCGUGCAGCAGUACCAAGCGCAGGUCGAGGCACUGGCGCGCACCGAGGCACUGCGCCUAAGUCAGUGGACGUCGGAGCGAGAGGCGCUCGAACAGCGCGUCGCACUGGCCAACGAUGCGAUCGACCGCGAGCGCGACAAGAGCAUCCUUUUCCAGCGCGAGAUGCAAAAGCUGCAGCACGAGCUCUUGCGGCUCGACGACGCCCGGAAGAUCGACGCCAAGCGCCACGCACAAAGCCUUCUCGGGAAGGACGAAGCGUCCAAUUACGUGUGGUCCAAGUACGUCGACGCGAUCGCACCCUCGACGACCAAGAAGCGCUGA